UAUUUUAACAUAACUAAUAACCAGUUUACAGGUAAAAAUACUGCCAAUUUUAAAAUGGGACGAACUAGUUACGCGGGAGUCGCAAUAUUCUUACUAAGCUUCUGUUUUUGUCACAACUCCGCUUUGGAUAUUCCAUCGCAAAAGGAUUUUUUGUGCUCGAUUUUUAACGCAACCGAAAAAGAACUAGCGGUAAUAGUGGCUAAGUUCUCAUUAACCGGCCAUGUGUCACUAAACGAGAUAAAAAUCAUCCAAUACACAGCUGAUGGAGGCAACUACUCAGCUACACUAUCGGACCCUGAAGGCCUCAAGGCAAUUAACUUAGAUUCCGAUCAAAAAAUUGUGAUUAUCACACAUGGAUUUUGGUCUUCAGGUACUACCGACUGGGUAGUAAAUAUGGCAACUGCCUACCAUGGUAUUGGAAUCAGAAACACCUUAGCGGUGGAUUGGGCUGAACCAGCUUCCACAAUCAACUACGUUGGAUCCGCAAGAGCCACCUUAAAUGUUGGUCGUUUGGUUGCUGAGUGGCUGGUCAGCUAUUUGGAAAAUAAUGCCACGCUGAUUCAAAAUCUCCAUCUGGUUGGGCAUUCUUUGGGAGCACACAUAUCCGCAUUCAUUGGACAGACCAUCUACAACCUUACCGAUGUUAAAGUCGGCCGGAUUUCUGGUCUAGAUGUCGCAGCUCCCUUGUUCGAGUAUCCGAAGAAACUGUCCGCAUCUAUGCGAUUUAGUGCAGAUGAUGCGGAAGAAGUGGAAGCAUAUCACACGGACAAACAUCUGCUUGGUUUCGCGUCGGCAGUUGCCAAACAAGAUUUUUUGGUUAAUUAUGGAGGUCCCAUCCAACCUUCAUGUAAAUCCGAAAGCAAUAUCAUAGAGCAAAUCGAAUGCAGCCACGGUUUUUCCCAUGAAUUAUUUAUAAAUACCAUAAAGGAGGAAGAUUACUACGCAAAAAAGUGCUCCAGUUCCGAAACGGCGAGACUCCAACUUUGCAAUGGAAACUUGGCGGUUAUAAUGGGAGAAUUUAACAAUGGGACCUCUGAGCAAGGGACCUUCUAUGGGAAUACGGAUAGUGUUGGAGAUCCAAAAGACCUUUGAGGCAAAUAUGGAAGCUCAGUAGAGGAAAUUUGAUUACAAUUGAACCAGAUAUAGGAAGCACAGAAGCAUUUCUGGCCGGGAAAUGAGUACAUUAAAUGUUAAAAAAUC